UCAUUAAUCAAGUGACAGUGCAAGAUCGCUCCCGCUGACUGAGUGAUAUGUUAAAAAAUACAUCUACGUGAUUCUAUAUAGAUUCAUAAAAAAGACAGUGGGGAAAUUAUAAUAAACCGAAUAAAAAUACUCAAGACUUGGCCUAAAGGUACCUAGAUAACAGGCCAUAAACUCCAAAAAAAAAAACUAUAUUCUGUGACUCUGUAUAGUAAAUGCCAAAUGUGAUAUAUGAGAUUCGGUUUAGUUUAAUUGCUUAUACGAUUUAUUAAUCAUAGGCGCAGGUAAUAGUUAAUACUCACACAGCACAGGUCAAGUAUAGGUAAAUUGCAACAAGUUCUAUUAAAGAAAACAUGUCAGGAGAGAAAAAGAAAGCCCUAUUCAUUUGCCUAGGUAAUAUUUGUAGAUCACCCAUAGCAGAAGGUGUGUUUCAAAAAACUGUAAAUGAUUUAAAUAAAGGUAGUGAAUGGGAAAUUGAUAGUGCAGCUAUUGGUGGUUGGCAUGUUGGAAAUCCACCCGAUUGGAGAGCUUUAGAUACUUUGAAGAAGCACAAUGUACCUUACAACAACCAUGCUAGACAGUUGAUAAAGGAAGAUUUCAAUAAGUAUGAUUAUAUUUUUGGAAUGGAUGAUGAGAACAUGAAAUCUCUAAACUCAAAAGCUCCUCAAGGUUGCAGGGCUACACUUCUUCUCUUUGGAAGUUUUGAUCCUAAUGGGGAUAGAAUUAUAAGGGAUCCAUAUUAUGAUAGUGACUCAGCUGGGUUUGAAAAGUGUUACCAGCAAUCAGUUCGAUGUUCAAAUGGGUUUUUAGAACAAAUAGAAAAAGGAAAUGUUCAUAAUUAUCAACUUUUAUUAAACAUAGCUCAUUAAUAAUACAGUAAACUAUUUCCCUAGCAUUGUUAUUUUAAACUUUGACAACUAUUUUAUAUUUCUUGUAAAAUUUUUGCUCCUCAGUUCGUUUAUUAAUGGGUAUUUCUGGUGUUUCUGGGAAAUUAACAAUAAGACAACUUUUGAGAUUGCUUCCAUAUCUGGACUGAAUAUCCUUGCGUACAAAGAAGUCUACCAACCAUAAAAAUGUAUCGUCAUUGGAAGUUUUAGCUACUGCUUUAAGACAAAAUAAAUCUUUUUGACUUAAA